UGUUGAAUUAUUAUUCAUUUGAAAGCGAGAAAACAAAAGAAGUGUUAUUAUAUUACAACAGCAGAGGAUUUCUCGAAAUGACAACAUUACUGUCAGAUUAGAUAUAUAAAUCUAUAUAUCACGUUAAAGAGAUUACCAACCAAAGGCUACAUUGGAUAGAUAUAGAGAUUUCAAGGUAACCUGGACUUUGGCCAGUCCUAAAGCACUCUCCAAAAGUAGCAUCCAGGUGGAAGAAACACGAAGUCAAAACAAAACUGAAUGUACUUUGUUCACGUAGCAUUCAUCACACACUACAGUCUUGAUCACACCAAUAAACAGUGUUGCUAUUCUGGCAAAGACAAUGAAGAGUACUUUUAGAUAAACGUCAUACAAAAUAAUAAAAAAAGGAUGCAUGUCAGGUCACAUAUUUUGAUUCAUUUAUUCAUAUGAAUGUCAAUUUCUCCAUUUUUUGGGAGAGUUAUCUUGUAAAUAUUCACAAUUCACACACAGGACUCUUAUUUUCAAGGGGCCUGUCGACAGAUACUCAAAUUGCAGUGCAGUUUUUACCAUUUUAGUCAGGACUUGAUCAGUAAGAAACGUAAAUCUCUCUUGAGAAUCACUUGCGCCGCCAAAUUAAAAAGAAAGGAGCAAGAAAAGAAAGAUGGCUGCAGCCAGAACAGCAAACCCAGCACAGAUGAUUGGCUUGAUGAAAACGGCAAACAGGCAGAUCAAAGGCGGCAAGCCUGCGGGAUUCGGUGGCCAGCAGCCCCAAAAGAGGAGCAGCGUUCCUCAGAGCAGUGGCGGCAUCAAGUUUGGGGAUGACUGGAAAAAGUGCCUGGAACUUCCUCCAAAAGACAACAGAAUUAGAACAUCGGACGUCACCUCCACCAAGGGAAAUGAAUUUGAGGACUACUGCCUCAAGAGGGAGCUGCUCAUGGGAAUCUUUGAGAUGGGAUGGGAAAAGCCCUCACCGAUACAGGAGGAAAGCAUCCCCGUUGCCUUGUCCGGCCGAGAUAUUUUGGCCCGUGCCAAAAACGGAACGGGCAAAAGUGGAGCCUACCUCAUUCCUCUCCUGGAGAGAAUCGAUCUAACGAAGGGUCACAUCCAAGCUUUAGUCAUUGUGCCCACGCGAGAGUUGGCCCUGCAGAUGAGCCAGAUCAGUAUUCAGCUCAGCAAGCACCUCGGAGGAGUCAAGGUCAUGGCCACCACCGGCGGCACCAACUUGAGGGAUGACAUCUUGCGCCUCGACGAGACGGUGCAUGUGGUGAUUGCCACACCUGGAAGAAUACUGGACCUGAUCAAGAAGGGUCUGGCCAAAGUCGAAAAGAUCCAAAUGAUGGUGAUGGACGAGGCAGACAAGCUCCUCUCUCAAGAUUUUGUGGCCAUCAUUGAGGACAUCAUCAGAUUCUUACCAAAGAACCGUCAGAUUCUGCUGUACUCUGCGACGUUCCCCAUCAGUGUGCAGACGUUCAUGAACAAACAUCUGCAGAAGCCUUACGAGAUCAACCUUAUGGAAGAGCUGACUUUGAAGGGCAUCACUCAGUAUUAUGCGUAUGUGACUGAACGGCAGAAGGUCCACUGUCUCAACACGCUCUUUUCCCGGCUUCAAAUCAACCAGUCCAUCAUCUUUUGUAACUCCACCCAGCGGGUGGAGCUCCUGGCCAAGAAGAUCACCCAGCUGGGCUACUCCUGCUUCUACAUUCACGCCAAGAUGAUGCAAGAGUACAGGAACCGCGUGUUCCACGACUUCCGCAACGGACUGUGCAGAAACCUGGUGUGCACAGACCUGUUCACGCGGGGGAUCGAUAUUCAGGCAGUCAACGUGGUCAUCAACUUUGACUUCCCCAAGAGCGCCGAGACCUACUUGCAUCGCAUCGGAAGAUCGGGGCGCUUUGGUCACCUGGGCCUGGCCAUCAACCUGAUCACAUCGGAGGACCGCCACAACCUGAAGAGCGUCGAGGACCAGCUGGUCACCGACAUCAAGCCCAUCCCAGGCAAUAUCGACAAGAGCCUGUACGUGGCAGAAUUUCACUCUGUGGAACACGACGAUCCCGAUGGUGGACCAACAAAUGCAGAACUGGAAGCAGCCUGAAUGAUUGUGUGGUAAGUGGGUAAAAAAAAAGAUGGCGUCUGGCAUCGCAAAAACAUGGCUCAAGACACAAUGUGAAGAGUUCUGGUUCACUUUUGUUCAAAACAUGCCUGUCUUGUCUCUCGUACGCACGUAAACACAGUUUUUUGUUACCUGCUGCCAUUGAGACCAUCCCCUUGCCAUACUAACGUACCUUUUUGGGUUUUUUUCCCUUUGGAAAACUUCAGUUAGACUGUAAUGCAGUCGACCAUUUUUUUUUUUUUUUACAAACUACUUCAGUUUCCACAAAACGUUUACACAAAAACACACCCAACAAGCAGAAGGCUCAGUGCAACAUCCGUAGUUGUUUGUCUUAAUAACUGCAGUACCACUGAGCACCUGUUUGUGUACUUGACAAGGUGGAGUGAAAUUUUCCACUAAACACUAUUUCACUUGUCAAGUGGAAGGCAUUUUAUGUUUAGAACUCAUUUUUGGGGCACUGCAAAUCAAGACAGGCAAGAACUUCUCUGGAAGAUGCUGUUGCCAUGGACGUCUGGGUGAAGAAUAAAAGUAACUUGAGCUUUA